GACGUCAUCAGUGAGCGUAGUUCCUGGUUAUUUUUUUUUGCAUUCUUUAGCUUUCAAUCGAUCGUUCGUCUUUACUCCGAUAAACCGGUCGUCGUCUGGAACGUGCUGCCCUGUGUUGGGGGGGGGGGAGAGUUCUUGUGCCAACGGUACACCCCAGACUAACCAGUGGUCUGCAUCUGUCAUCAGUUUCCGGCGUGUUUGUGGCAACACUGAACAGGAAGACAGACGCAGAGAGACGCCUCAACUGAGAGCGGAAACUGCUGCGGCUUCUUCGUCAGCCUCAGAAUGACUGAGUUCUGGGUUUGUUUCAGCUGCUGCAUUGCAGAGCAGCCACAACCCAAACGGCGGCGACGGAUCGAUCGCUCCAUGAUCGGGGAGCCGACAAACUUCGUUCACACCACACACGUAGGCUCGGGGGACAUGGGCCUGGGAUUGGCAUCGGUGGACCUCGUUCAAGCCCAGAUGAAAUCUAAAGGGGGCUACGUGCACGGAGGAUCCGAAGGUUCUCAGUUGUAACAAGCCCUUCAAAGUCUUGUGGAAACUACUGUUGUUGAUAUGAGGAUGCGUUUUCAAAAAGCAGUUCUGUCUGUAAUGGACGCAGGACCAAAAGAUGAAACUACUGCUUUUCCAUAAUGUUGUAUAUAUUUUUAUUUUCCAUUCCUUUUUUUUUUUUUUAAUGAAAGCACUGCUAUCCAUUUGCUGCCAUACUGUUGCACUGUAAAGAGUAACUGUUAAGAGUAGAUCAGAGGGUUUAGAAAGCUCAUAAUCUCAGUCAGAAGUAUGCUUGUGUGUAUGCAUGAGGAGAAUAUUUUCAAAAAUAUUUGCUGUUGUAGCCCAUUUGGAUGCCUGUAUUUAUUAUCUGAUUUGUAAACGGACCUCAUGGUGGCUGGGCCACGCUGGAGAUUUGGAACAUUCAAUUUCUUUCUUUAAUUGUUAGAGGUUUAUCAAAGGACAGGUAGAGGUGGCAAGGCAAAAAGCGAUGUGUUCAUUGUUUUUAUUCUGAGAAAUACUCAUUCUCUGAGUUGCUUUCAGGGUUAAAGAUUGCUGUCUUGUAAUAAACUUGAAAUGAGUAGAGUACACUGGAUCAUACAUUGUACACUCACACUUGCUUAGGAAUUCUUUGCAUUGAUUUCAACUGUUUUUUUUUUUUUUUUUUAAUAUAUAUAUUCCUUUAGAUUUGAACCAUAUAGAAUUUUAAUAAACUAUGAACGUCUUUAUCUGCCUUCUGAAGUCAUGUUCAUUAUUGGUUUUACUUGUGUCGUUUGGCAGCUUGAUGCUGCAAAUACUGAGCUCUGGUUCCAAUGGGAUUCAUAUUUUUCUAUUUUACCAACAGUAGACCAAGAAUUAUACUUGGAAGUAAAUCACACCGCGAACGCAGCCACAAAUGUGGGCCAGGUUAUUUACAGUUGGCGGUAUUUUCAAACCUACUGUACCAAACCUACCUACUGUACGUCCAUCAAUGCCUUCUCUUUGGUUCGUUGUGCUGCUGUUCCUUUUCCCGCCGCACAGUUUGUAUUUCACACAGUGUCUUGUCAUAACAUCUUAUAUUUCUCUUGACAUUAAAUCCUUUUUCUUUACGUUUUGGGUUGAUCCACCCAUGAUCUUGGCACAAAUGAUCUUGUCCCUCUGGAGAUCUUAAUAGUGUGUGUUUUUUUUGAAAACUCGAAUGUCGGACCUCCUAAAGCUGACACGUGCUACUAAAUAGCAUUCAACCUAAUGCGACCCACCUUUUGUAGCAGUGUUGCUUCAAUGUUAAAAGAUGUUUCAUUCAAGUAGAGAUCACUUUCUAUAAAGGGUUCCUCUCAUAGGGGAAUGUAAAUGAGUGCAGCUCUUAUUGCCAGAUUACGCUGGUUAUCAGUUGUGCUAAUGAUCAGAAUGUGUUAUCAUUCUCCCUUUUUAUUGACUGGCUUUGUCGUCCCUCAGUAUUGUCAAAUGUAGUCCAAAUUUCAGAACCGGGCUCCAUUCUUUUUUUUUUAAUUUUUUUUUUUUAAAUGGUGACAGAGCAGCUGCAGUAUGAAUAUUAAAUGCAUGGGCCCUGCUACUUGGGGUGAUCAUCAUGUACACACUGCUCAUCACUACUCACUGUCAUUCUGAGUCAAAGAGUCAAAUGUGUGGAGCGAACCAGCCGGCCUGGAUUCAUCAAUACAUGACCUUAUGAUUAAAUCUUAUGAUUCACGAACAACACAAUGUGGUGGUAUUAACAAGUCAAGCAAAAGUGUUAGUAAAUUGGUGUUAAAUGCGUCCUAUUGUCAUUCUAUUCAUGAUGAAAGAGAACAUAUUUUGUGUUGGUACCCAGCAGCACAAAUUACCUGAUGAAUAGAGUCACAUUUAUAAUAUCUUGUUAUUUACGGCCUGAAAAGUGCUGGUAGCCAUUUUCCCAACACAGAUUUAGUUAAGCGAUUCAUCGUGCUAAAAUAUUGUCACAGUGCUCAUCUGUUCCUCUCUAAAUGUUUCUGUAGUGAUUCCUGUGUGAAAAGAGAUCCACAUGUGUGUAGACUAGUUUGUGUUUUCCCAGCUCUGUGCAGAAUGCUGUGGCGUGUACGACAUACUGGGGCUGCAGUAUAUCAUGUGACCAGCAGGCUGUGCUUGUGGACUGGUUGAAUGUGACUUUAAAAUUCGUUUCCUUUUGGGAUUCUUGUAAUUGGACUUCUUCUAUGAUGAUACUGUAAAUAUGUAACAUGAAAGUAAUGGAUCCAUUGUUUGUAUGUAUUCAGGGUCAUGCAUAUUUUAGGCUAUUUUUCUGUACACCAUCACUGGGAAGGCAGAGAGUUGGAGCAGUGUUUUUGUUGUUCGUUUUGUUUUUGGUUUUUUUUACUUCAGGAAGUCCCUGAUUUAAGGGAAGUUCAUCUGUCUUUUUUUUUUUUCUGUAUUUUUCAGAAUAAGCAAUGAGAAAUAAAUGUUAAAUGUUGAUGUUUGACCAACUGUGUGUUCCAUGUUUUCACUUCGAGCGAAAACUCCCACAUCUAUUGGGUGAGAGAGGGGAAGCUCAUUCUGCAGGAAAGUACAAACAAUGAAUACCAAAAAUACAAAAAGGGUUCUUCUCAAAUAUUAAAAGGUAAAAGAAGUGCACCGAUCAUUUACUUAACUAGAAUUACCAAUACAACAAUGUGGAAAUACUCUCCUACAUGUGAAAGUCCUGCGUUCAAAAUCCUACUUAAAAUCACCCCUCUGCUGAAAAGUGGCCCCUGUGACUGAUUAAUAUUUUCCUAUGAUAUUGUAAGUAUCCUUCUACUGUUGCUGGUUGAGGUGGAGCUAGUUUUAACUGCCGUGGAUAGUUAAGUAGUUUAGUCAAGUGGCACAUAACCUGGGGGUCUGGGCCCCUCAAAAGUCUCACAAGAUAUAUUUGAGGUGCUGGGAAAUGAUUAAUUGGAGAUGAAAAAAGAAAACAAGGUUCUCUUUUUUUUUUUUUUUUCUUUUUUUUUUCUGCUUUUUGAACAUUUAACCGCUUUGGGCCUUUGACCGUUAUUUAAAUUAAACCGUCUGAGAAGUUUAGAGGGGAAAUAUCUCUCUGGUGCAACUGCUAACAAGUCAUUGACAUCAGAAAUGUAGUUUAUUGUGUUUUUUUUUUUUAUGAAAACAAAUUAAAUGCUAACUAUGAAUGUGGAGUAAAAAGUACAAUAUUUCCCUGAAAUGUAUUGGAGUGGAAGUAGGAAACAAGAAGAAAUGGAAAUACUCAAGUAAAGUACAAGAACAUUAGAACUGUACUCAAGUACUGUAACUGAUUAAAUGUACUCAGUUGCUGUCUAUCACAAACAACUGUAUUCAUGUCGGUUUGAUAUCAAAAGCCAGUUCUUUUUGUAUUAAGUCCUAGCUAACAGCAAGAGUCUCUGCGCACAGGCUGCAUUCCAUUCCGGUGUGUCACUUUCAAGGCCUUGGCAUUGUGCUGAGGUGACGUCAAAGGAACGGACUCAUAAUUAGUGUUAUUGUUUGCACCUGCUGUGACAAGUCAAAAUGUCUCCCAUGAAAACGGCUCGUAAAGUACAAGCACAAAUAACAAGUGUGAAAAUCUAGGUUUGGUCAGUUAUAAGCAAUAAAGUAAGGCUUUUAUCAUAAACGUGUACUCUACUGUUUAUUGACCUGACAUUCCCUAUAUGCUGAGCUGUCAGCAGCCUUUAAAAGCAGCUUUUAAGAAGACUAAAGAGGUUCGAUUUCAGUCGAUUUUAUCAUUAACUAAACCAGGAAGUGUGAGUAAUAGAUUUUUUUGUCAUAGGGCGAGUCUGACAACGUAUUUAUUAAUAGUGAAGCGCUAACAACAAAUAGUAUUUUAUUUAAUUACUCGAGUGUUCUGUGCUGUUGAAAAAAAAUCAUUCUUAAAAUGUUUAAAUGUGGCAAGUCAAACAAUAAGGGCACAUUACAGUUUGGCUUCUUUGUCUUUACCACAUCAGUUGACAGCAGUGUAAUAAUGACGGUGGGUGACCGCCGAAUAUCAUUAAUUCCACUGCUGGUUAUACAAUUUAUUGAAGUGAUACACAAAAGUCAUAUACAGUACGUAUACACAAGAGUGAGAGACCCAUGACAAGGUAAUGUGCUUCAGUUGCUUUCACACUUUGUAAAUGCACGAUUUUUUUAAUAAUACAAAACGAACAGGUUGUACAAUGUCACAUAAAACAAACUGCAUCAUGUGCUGCAUGAAAAUACACAAAAGUGAGUAUAUGUUUUAGAAGACUCGUUAAACCAAAAGCUGUUCUGCACUUCUUUUACUGUAUGUUGGCUAAAUAUCCAGUAGAACGAACGAGAGAGUAGAGAAAUGACUGAUCCUGCACUAAAGCGAAAUGAGAUCUGUUUACUCUGUGAGCUUGGUGUCAUGUCAGUGAGUUUGAGUCACUGAACCAUAGUGAACCCAUGUGAUGAUGACAGAGACAAAGCUUGGCUUGGAACAGGAUCUUCAUCUCAGCAUGCUCAGCAGAGAGGAUGGCCGACCGACCGACUGACUGACAGAGCAAUAUUCUCCGACCACCCUGCCUCUCUUGUUUCCCUUUUUCGGUGGUCAGCUCAGCAGACAGACGGCAGGAAGAAAUCAGCUGAAGGUUGGCAAAAAAAAAAAAA